AGCACAACGAACGUACAAUAACACAAACAGCUGUCACAGCGAUAAAUUAUUGACUGUCCAUGCAGAAUAUAUAUAGGUAUGACGUAGAAAUAACACUCAAAUGCACGUGCAGUUUAUGUAUAUAAAUAGUUUGUCAGCUGUUCAUUGAUUGAUUACAAGGGCAAAUAUGGCGUACUUGAGGAUAGGGAUUUGUCUGUGCUUACUGGGGCUAGUAUAUGGCCUGGGUGGUAGGAGAACAGGGGGACUUUCUACACGAGUUUUCUCAAUAGAUCAAACAGCUACGGAUGUCGUUAACAGUGUGAAAAAUGAAAUACGUGGCCGACUUACUGCAGGCGAUGUAACGGACAUUUUUGAGCCCAUUUCCUACAAAACUCAACUAGUAGCAGGGACCAACUACUUCGUCAAGAUAAAGACAGCUGCUGAUCGCUAUAUCCAUGCUCGCAUAUACCGCGACUUCUCCGGAAAUACAUCCCUAUCUGAUGUGCAGACCGGGAAAUCCCUUGCUGACGAAAUUUCGUAUUUUUAGUUCAUCAUAACAAAAGUGAUGCUAUUUUAUACCCUGUAGCGAAAGCGAUAAAUCCAGGAAGUCACAAAGUUUUAAAAAUAAAUCCAUUUGCGUGAUGAUAAAAUUUAUUUUUAUAGAUUUUUUAAAUCCAUCAUAUGAUGAUAGGAUAAUAGGAAGAACACUAAUUAGUAACUAUUUUUUUUAAAUACAUGUAAUGCGAAUUGUUGAGUUUCGUGCAAGUUAUUGAGCAAGCACUAAAACUCUGAUUAUCAGGGUAACCGAAAUAAAACUUAUUUUACAUUUA